UGUAGGCCGCAGUGAAGCCUGAGCUCGAGUAGGGCCCAAGCAAGCCAGGAAGGAGGAGGCAGCCAGCGUGUUCUCUGCUGCAGAAGAUCCCUUGCUGCCCUGCUUAACCCAGACCAGCAUUUGCCAGACAAGCACAUUGUAAUUGCGCAGUACGAUUUUGCCGCCGCAAGCGACCGCGACCUGCCGAUGACUGCAGGAGAAAAGCUUGAAGUCCUUUGCAGCGAUGGGGACUGGUGGUUAGCAAAGUCACUCACCAGUGGGAAGAAAGGUUACAUACCCAGAAAUUUUGUGGUCCGUGCAAACAGCCUAGACGAAGAAAAAUGGUUUUUUAAAGGCCUCAGCAGAAAAGAAACAGAACGCCUUUUAAUGGCACCAGGCAAUGGGUUGGGCUCAUUCCUGAUAAGAGAAAGUGAAACAAAUCCAGAUGCCUUUUCGCUUUCCAUUCGAGACAUUUCAUCUCAGGGGGACGUGGUCAAACAUUACAAGAUCCGCAGCAUGGACCACGGGGGCUUCUACAUCUGUCCUAGGACGAUCUUCCCUUCGCUGCAGCAACUUGUCCAGCAUUAUUCCACCAGCGAGGACGGCUUGUGCCAGAGACUAACUGCUCCGUGUAUAUCUGUGACUCCACAAAGACCCUGGGCCACUGAUGAAUGGGAAAUCCCUCGAGAAACACUGAAACUGGUCAAGAAGCUGGGAGCAGGCCAGUUUGGAGAAGUGUGGAUGGGAUAUUACAAGAGCAACAUCAAGGUGGCCGUCAAGACUCUGAAGGAAGGCAGCAUGUCUCCUGAGGCCUUCUUGGCAGAGGCCAACUUGAUGAAGAGGCUCCAGCAUGACAAGCUGGUUCGACUACAUGCCGUUGUCACCCAACAGCCGAUUUACAUUGUGACGGAAUACAUGGCCAAUGGAUGCCUUCUGGAUUUCUUGCAAACAGAUGCAGGAAAGAAGCUACCUCUCCCAAAACUUAUAGAUAUUUCAGCUCAGGUUGCCGAAGGCAUGGCGUACAUCGAGAGAAUGAACUCCAUCCACAGGGACCUCCGAGCAGCCAACAUUCUGGUCUCGGAUACCCUCUGUUGCAAAAUUGCAGACUUUGGCCUGGCUCGGAUCAUCGAGAAUGAAUACCACGCACAAGAAGGUGCCAAGUUUCCUAUCAAGUGGACAGCGCCAGAGGCUAUUAACUAUGGAGUUUUCACAAUCAAAUCUGACGUCUGGUCCUUCGGGAUUCUUCUCACUGAAAUCAUUACCUAUGGACAAUGUCCCUAUCCAGCUAUGACCAAUCCCGAAGUCAUCCAGAAUCUAGACUGGGGCUAUCGGAUGCCCCGUCCAGAAAACUGCCCAUUCGAGCUUUAUAGACUCAUGUUAAAAUGCUGGAAGAAUAAUCAGGAAGAAAGGCCCACCUUUGAAUACCUCCAGUCCACCCUCGAGGACUUCUACACGGCCACGGAGAAGCAAUAUGAGCCGGAGCCUCUUCGAUAACGGCUGCUCCCGGAGCACCUGCCUGAAGACAAAGCUGAUGGCGGUUUUUAGAACGACACUGCAGAGCUUGGUUGGGGAGGCUGUGUGGACUUCCCUCUGAAUGGGACUUGGCCAGGCCAUCUGGGCUUCCUCUUUGUCCUUCUCUCCUCACUCUUCUCAAGCAGGCAUGAGCAGAGAUGGCCCCCCAAGUGCCAGGAGACCCCAGGAAGGAAGAUUCCAAGCUAGGCACGAGGAGAGAAGCUGUAAAGGGAAGGCACAUCCACCCUACAUCGCCUGCCCCAGCCCAGACCCUGCCUCCCCACCCAGCAAACAAUCCUUUAAACUGUCAAAGUUGAAUCUGUUGUCCAGCAGAAGAAAGAGGGCCACGCUGACAACGGGGAAAUUGCAACCCACGAGGCCACCAAGGUGCCGUUGUAAAGCAGUGCCUCCCAACACGUUUCAGUGUCCAUCAGCAGAAUUGGUUCAACAGUUUUUCAAUAGACAUAGAACUGCAUCCCCUUCUAAUAUAUUAUGGAGUGAUGUCCCUAAAUCACCCGUUGGAAACUCUCUAUUAAAUUACACUCAA